UCUGACACUUCUCCCUCUGUCUUUGUGCUGACUGGUGUGUGAUAGAGAGCCAUGGUGUUGCUGAAGAUGAAGUUCACCCAGCAGAGGCGGGUGCGUCUGGCGCAAGGCCUGUGGCUGCUGUCCUGGCUGGCGGUCAUGUGUGGGGCCUUCAUCUUCUGUCUGGGGGUCUACCUCAAGACAGAGCUGCUCCGACGGUCCGAGGUGAUGGAUAACACAGAGAUCCACGCAGUGCCCAACAUCCUGAUGAUGGUGGGUCUGGCCUCCAUCGGCACCAACUGGAUUGCCAGUCGAGUGUGUCAGGACUCCCUGGACGCCAGCCGCUUCCCCCGCUGGAAAGUCCUCCUGCUGGCCUGGUUUGCCGUCGCCGCCCUGCUCUGCUGCCUGCUGGUCUCCGUGGUGGUCCUCAGCUACGCCCUGCAGGGACGCCUGGAGGAGUCUUUGAAGGUGGGCUUGAGGAACGGCAUCCGCUUCUACAAGGACACGGACGUACCCGGCCGCUGCUUUCAGAAGGAGACCAUUGAUCGUCUGCAGAUGGAGUUCCGCUGCUGCGGGAACAACAACUUCAAGGACUGGUUCGAGGUGCAGUGGGUCAGCAACAGAUUCCUGGACUUCACCUCCAAGGACGUCAAGGACCGUAUCCGGAGCAACGUGGACGGCCGCUACCUGCUGGACGGCGUUCCGUACAGCUGCUGUAACCCCGCCUCGCCCCGGCCCUGCCUCCAGUACCACCUGACGGACAACAGCGCCCACUUCAACUACGACUACCAGUCAGACGAGCUCAACCUGUACAACCGCGGCUGCAGGCAGGCUCUGACCGACUACUACAUGGAGCUGAUGAACUCCACCGGGCCCGGGGUGCUGUCCGUCAUCUUGAUACAGAUGUCGGUGAUUCUGAGCCUGCGGUACCUGCAGACGGCUGUGGAAGCCGCCAUGGCGCUGGAGAACCCCGAGGACGAGAGCGAGGGAUACAUCUUGGAGAAGGGACUGAAGGAAACCUUCGAGGACGUCAAAGUCACGGUCCUCACCAUGCUGAAAUUUGCUCAGGUCGACCCCAACGCCGCCGAGGAGUCCACUGCGGCUGCGGACGGAGAGAAGGGAGACAACGCGGCGGAGAAGGCCGCUACUCCUGCUCCUGCCAGCUAGAGUCAAGUGACAUCCAAAUAUCAGCUGGGGAAGAAGGGAUGCGGGGGGGAGGAGAUGUGUCUGAGGUGUUCUUCUUGGAUGUGUGAGUCGAGGGGUGGCAGCUAGGAGGCCUGUUGGGUUUUUGACAAGUUAGGCUUGAUUUAUACUCCACCAACGCAGCAGCCGCAGCUCCCUUUGUACAUGGCCAAAACAGGGCAACACAUGAGGAAUCGUACCGAGAGCCCUGCACAGACACAAACACCAACAUCUCCUCUGUGCAGGACGUCACGAACAUGUAACCAUCAGAAAAUCUGUUCAGGAGAUGUGUAGUACUGUUUGUUGUAUUUAGGAGAAAGAACACUCAGUUUAAACAGGGGUAGCUUCAACCCAUAAUAUCAUACUCACCACUUUUUUGACAUUUGUAUUAUUUUUUGGCAAUGUGUUAAUUACAUGAUGCUGAAGUCGAUCCCAUACACACUGUAUCAUUCAUCUGGGAGCUGUAGAGUUUGUCCUAAACUGCAAUGGAAUGCUUCAGAAAACCUGUUAAACUGGCAAUGCACAAGAAUUAUAUAUUAAAAGUAGAAGUUUUUAACUGC